AUGGCCGGAGACGAAGAACACGAUGGCGCUUCCGUCCAGGAAAUCUUGAUCGAAGCUUGCCGCCGCAACAACGUCGAGCUUCUCGACGAAUGCCUAGAGGAAAAGACCGACGCCGAAAUCUCAAAGCUCCUCAACGAGACCAAAACCGUCAUGGGAAACCAUCUCUACCAUGAAGCCGCCUCUCGCGGAAACUACGAAAUCAUCGAUCAUCUCCUCGACCAGCCCGAAUUCGAGUGCGAUCCUGUAAACACCCGGGAAGGCGACACACCACUCCACACUGUCAUCAGAUGGAUAAACUCGGAGCCUCCCGCCCAGCGACCCUUCGGCAACGCCAUCGUCGAGAUGAUGCUUGAGGCUGGUUCCAACACCCGAGUCAAGAACAAGGCCCGCCUCACCCCAUACCAGCUUGUCGACCCCACCAACACAGAACUACGCGAGCUCAUUCAGAAGCACGAAUAUGCGAACCAAAAUGCAGGAGAUUUCAUCAAUGUCAACAACUCGACUAACCAGGGUGCUCUGCUCGAUGUUCCAGACGAGAGUGAUGAUGAUGCUGAGUUCAGUGGUAGUGAUGACGAGGAGCGUGCUGAAUGGGAGAGGAGGCGGAAGGCGAAGCAGCGCAAAUAG